UCGGAAUCGGUCUCUGUCAAGAUUGCGGUUCACUGACACUUGACACACCCUAUAAAUGUUAUUUUUUUCACGUAACCCAAAAUUCUACGAAUCCCUUGACAAUUGCUCGAAAUUCCGCAAAAUAACUCGCGCUUCUGUGACCUUUUAACCUUUUUUUAGUGCUGCUCAAAAAUCGGAUUUAUCGCCGAGGAAGAUAAGACUAUCAUGUCGGAAAAGCAGAUGGAUUGCGCUUUGGAUUUGAUGAGGAGGUUGCCUCCGCAACAGAUCGAGAAGAAUUUGAGUGAUUUAAUCGACUUGGUACCUUCCCUGUGUGAGGAUUUACUUUCAUCUGUAGACCAGCCUCUGAAAAUAGCAAAGGACAAAGAAUCGGGGAAAGAUUAUCUUCUCUGCGAUUAUAAUAGGGAUGGAGAUUCAUACAGAUCUCCUUGGAGCAAUGCAUACGAUCCUCCUUUAGAGGACGGAUCGAUGCCAUCGGAAAGGCUAAGAAAACUCGAAGUGGAUGCGAAUCUCGCCUUCGAUCAGUAUCGAGAGCUGUAUUUUGAGGGUGGAGUGUCCUCAGUUUAUUUGUGGGACUUGGAUCACGGUUUCGCCGGUGUUAUUUUGAUAAAGAAGGCCGGCGACGGAUCAAAGAAAAUCAAGGGUUGCUGGGACUCCAUACACGUCGUGGAAGUGCAAGAGAAAUCAACGGGGAGAAAUGCUCAUUAUAAACUCACCUCGACGGCGAUGCUCUGGCUCCAAACAAAUAAACACGGAUCGGGAACGAUGAAUCUUGGCGGCAGUCUCACGAGACAGGUUGAAUGUGAUUCGGCGAUAACGGAAACGUCGCCGCACAUCGCGAAUAUCGGUCGCUUGGUGGAAGACAUGGAAAAUAAGAUAAGGAACACCCUGAACGAGAUUUACUUUGGAAAAACGAAGGACAUCGUGAACGGAUUGAGAUCAGUUCAGUCCCUUGCUGAUCAGAAGCAACAAGCCGCUCUCAGACUAGAUUUGGCGGCCGCUUUGCAGAGGCGAAACGCCAAUAAUUGAUCGCUUCUCGCGACAUCGUUCCCCCCUCCCAACACAAUCGCGACUACUAUCCUCCUCGAAUGUAAAUACCCCUAAAGGUCGGGGAUACCUCGCCGAAUGCAGCAUCGUAGAAUAAAUCGAGUUAAUCGAGUUGAUCGAUGACUACUGGUCAAGAUUUAGCCAGCAAUUCUUACCGAAUUGUACUGAACUUCCGUUGAAAAUUUAGUUCUCAGCACAGACUGGGUUCGUCGUUUCAAAAGUAGAGAAGAAUCCAGGGGCGUUUGCGUUCGACGAUAGUAGAGAAACGAGAGAGCGCCUUCUUGAUUCUUGCGGAAGGAAGUUUAACUUUGUUAUCUUUCGCGAGAAAGAGUUCAGCUUUUUUUUGAUAUUGUAAAUUUUGAAGAGAAGAAGAGGUGUUUUGAGACGAGACGUACUUUUAUCUCGGGAAUUCGUAUCAACAGUUGUGAAAAGGAGGAGAUUCAGAAAUAGGCUUCCAACUUUCAGUAUAUAUGUAUAGGAGUAAUAAGAGAGGUCAGUAAAUGAAAUGUUUCCCGGAGAAAAGACGUCUCGAGAAGUGCGCGAUUUUGCUUAUUUUUCACUCGGAUCGAAGCGCGCGGUCUAAACGGGCCGUGAAAAAAAAGUGAGUGAUCGAUCCCGGAAUAGGUCGAUGGUAUUUUCUUUCGCAAUGAGCGCUGAUCAUUGCCAGGCAAGCUCGCUAUUAAAUCCGAAAGUAGUUAGUCGAUGUGUAUUCUAUACAAAAAUUAAUAAAAUCAUUUUGUUACAA